ACACCACGUGACUGAAGCCAUCCUGGACUGUCGACACUGUGUGAGCCCUGAGCCUGGCACAUGCUGUGACACUGGCGGACCAAAGCCACCCUGGACUGUGAUAACAAGUGAUCAACCAGCUUGGCACCUGCCACUGAGUGACCAAAGCCACCUCGGACUGUGAUACCAAGUGACCAAGCCACUUUGCACCAUGACCUGGUGAACCCUCAGCCUGGUGCCUGCCAUGACACUGUGUGACUGAAAGCCACCCUGGACUGUAGCUCUGCGUGAGCCCUGAGCCCUGUACCUGCCGUGACACUGUGACUGAAGCCACCCUGUGUUGUGACACUGGGUGACCAAGCCACUCCACAUCGUGACACCAUGUGACUGAAGCCUCCUCCCACUCUCCACGCUGCUAUCCCCAUCAUGCCACCUUCCUGUCACCCGUGUGUGGCCAUGCGUGUCCCCAUGGAGCCGCUGUCCCUGCUGCUGGCGCUGUCCCUGCUGUCCCCAUGGGGGUCUGUAGGAGGGAGCUGCCCCCCGCGCUGCGUCUGCGCCUCCAACCUGCUGAGCUGCUCGCAGGCCAACCUGAGCACGGUGCCGGUGCCGCUGCCGCGCUUCACCGCCGUGCUGGACUUGAGUCACAACAACGUGACACGGCUGCGCGCAGACUGGGCACCGGCGCGGCUGCCACACCUGCACGCGCUGCUGCUGAGCCACAACGGGCUGGCCUUCGUGUCCACCGAGGCCUUCACCCACGUGCCCCGCCUGCGCCACCUCGACCUGUCCUCUAAUCGCCUGCGGACGCUGGACGAGAACCUGUUCAGCGACCUGGGCGAGCUGGAGGUGCUGCUGCUCUACAACAACGAGAUCAGCACGGUGGAUCGCACGGCCUUCGAGAACCUGGGCCGGCUGCGCAAGCUCUACCUGGGACAGAACCGCAUCGCCCGCUUCCCGCUGGAGCUGCUCCGGGAGGGCUCCCGGCUGCCGCAGCUGGCGCUGCUGGACCUGUCGGCCAACCGGCUGCGGGCCGUGCCCGCGGGCGAGCUGCAGGCGCUGCCUGCCUGGCUGCGCGACCGCCUCUACCUGCACAACAACCCCCUGGCCUGCGACUGCCUGCUCUUCCAGCUGCUGGACCGCGGCCGCCGCCGCCACCUCAGCGCCGUGGAGGAUUUCCAGGAGGAGCUGCGCUGCUUCCUGCCCGGAGCGACCACUCUCGUCAAGAUCCUGGACCUGGCAGGCAAGCAGCCUCUCAACUGCAGCAAGGCACGGGAGGCGGUGCUGGAGGCGCACCUCGGGGACAGCGUGACGCUGGGCUGUGACAGCCGGUGGCAGGGCGUGCGCAGCCGGCACUGGGUGACACCGGGCGGGGAGCGGGUGCUGGGGGAAGGGGGCAAUGGCAGCGUGGUCCUGCUGGCCAACGGCAGCCUUCAGCUGCGGGCGCUGCGCCCUGAGGAUGCCGGCACUUACUCCUGCUGGGUGGCCGGACCCCUCCUCAACGAGACCCUCUACGUGGAGCUGCUGGUGCACAACUUCACCCUGCACGGCCCCCACGACACCCUGAACACGGCCUACACCACCCUGGUGGGCUGCAUCCUGAGUGUGGUGCUGGUGCUCAUCUACCUGUACCUCACUCCGUGCCGCUGCUGCUGCUGCCGUGGCACCGAGAAGCCGCCGGCACCACGCGAUGACAGCAUCAACUCCUCCGUGCUGAGCACCACCCCCAACCACGCCGGGGGCACCGGGGAGCCCUGCGGAUCCCACAUGGCCUCCAGUGCUGGCACAGGGCAGAAUGGCAGGUUCAAGGGUGGGGGGACCCCUCCGCUGCCCACCCGGCAGGGUCCCAAGGUGCAGAGGAAGGUGUCGGAUCCAGAUUCGGUGAGUUCCGUCUUUUCCGACACGCCCAUCGUGGUGUGAGGGGACACUGUGGGGACAGUCCCCAGGGACGCCCCGUGUCAGCCACUGCAAGCUGUCCCUGUGCAGGAGGGGUGGCCAGACCCCCACUUCUGUGUCCCCAGCUUGGGGGGUCACACCAUCACACCCCAGGACUGAGCGUCACUGCUGGCCCCCACCAAGGUCACUGACACCAUGGGACAGUGAGGGACAAAGAAGUGACACACACUAUGGGGACAGUCUCCCACCGAGACCUGUCCCUGGGCAGGAGAGGUGGCUGGACCCCCACCACCAUGGCCUCAGCUUUUGGGGGUCCCGUCAUCAACCCCCAGGACUGAGCAUUGUCCCACACCCCCACUGAGAUCACAGAGGGACCGUGAUGGACAACGGUGUGAGGGGACACACCAUGGGGACAGUCCACCCUGUAUUGCUACUGCUGCUGUGACUUGUUCCCCACGGACAUGCCAUGGGCAGAAGGGGUGGCUGGACCCCUACUGUCCUGUCCCCAACUUGGGGGCAACGCCAUUGUCCCCCAGGAUGGAGCAUCACUGCUGGCCCCCACCGAGGUCACUGCGCAACUGCAAGGGACAAGGAUGUGCAAGGACACACCA